GUUACUGAAUUCGUCAUUCUCGCAUGCGGAAGUGAAAGUACUUGAAAGUACUUAUUUUCUUCCUAAACUGGUGAUUAACUCGUAAUAACAGCAUAUUAAAAGACUUAAGGAACAGCACCGCCAAUAUGUCUGUCGGAAACCCGAAACAAACAAUAAUGAAUCCAACGGUUCCUUAUGCUGGUACCAUCCUGGGAGGACUUCAUCCUGGAGAGAUGGUGCUCAUCCAGGGCAGUGUUCCCACUGAUGCAGACAGAUUUCAGGUGGACCUGACCUGCGGGAGCAGCAUGAAGCCUCGGGCAGACGUGGCCUUUCACUUUAACCCUCGCUUCAAGCGCUCUCCCUACAUCACCUGUAACACACUGCAGAAGGAGCGCUGGGGCAAAGAGGAGACACACUACCUGAUGCCCUUCAGACACGGAGCUGCCUUCGAGAUCAUCAUACUCGUGCAGAAAGAUCUGUUCAAGGUGGCGGUGAAUGGUUCUCACCUGCUGGAGUACAGGCACAGGAUCGAGCUCAAGAAGGUGGACACACUGGCCAUAUCAGGCAAGGUUCAGAUUCAAGCCAUUGGGUUUAUUCCCAGUUCAGUGAGCAAGAGCUCCGAAACGCCUUCAAAUGCAGUUGCAAGCAAAAGAUCACAGCCUUAUUCAGUCACUUCGGAGUCAGGUGACAUGAGUCUUCCAUUUAAGAGCAAACUUGUGAAAGGAUUGAGUCCAGGAGAUUCGAUUAUGGUGAAGGGGCAGAUCUCUGGUUCCCCAGAGAGUUUCGCUGUAAACCUGCGCAUCAGUAACUCGGAGGAUAUUGCUUUUCACUUAAACACUCGUUUCAAAACCGCUUCCAUCGUUAGAAACUCUUUCCUGUCUGGGUGUUGGGGGGAUCAGGAGACCUCCGUCCACAGCUUUCCAUUUUCACCCGGGCAAUACUUUGAGAUGAUCUUCCUGUGUGAGGCUCAGGAGUAUAAAGUGGCAGUAAACGGGUUCCAUCAGCUGAAUUACAAGCACCGUGCGCAGGAUCUGAGCUGUGUGGAUGUGAUCGAGAUUGUGGGAGAUCUAGAGCUUAAGGAUGUGAAGAUUUGGUGAGCAGCUCCAGCUUGAUGACCAUUCACAACGCGUUUCCUCCAACCAAGUAUAUUCAAUCAACCCGAGACUCCUGCAGCUGCAAGCAAAUCUGAACUAUUUUAACUAUUUUUCUGAACUUGUUAAACCUCAGUUUAUUAUAAUAUUGAUAAGGUAUGAUCUGAAUGGCAUAGGUAGGCAGAAGUUACCCAUGAUGACUAACAUUAACCCCAUUUGCAGAUUAUUAUUUGAGGAGAUCUGGAGAUGAUUUGAACCUGAGCCUCCAUGACUUCUUGUGUGGAACGAAAACUAAACAUGGUUGCAAUGGGUCAAAAUUUGCUUCAGACCCUGGACAUAACAGAUGGGACGGACAAAAAUACCAUCUGGCAGGAUGUUAAUGGAUGUGCAACAGUAAUUGUGCUGUCUGUCUAGCCAUUUGUUUUCCCAAUCAUCCCAAGCUAAUUCCAGGCAUUUGGAAAAUUACAUCUUGCAGCAGAUUCAAUUUGACACUUAGGGCAAAAACAGGGCUGAAAAACAUACCCAUCCAUAAACCAUCUCAACAAUGAUUAUAAUAACCUUAAAACAAUUCAAUGUCCUUUCUGCAUGAGAUGCAAUGUUUACAUCAGACAAGCAAAUGACUUGCUAAUGCAAGGCCUGCACCUUAUAGGAAUAUCAAAUCAAUAAUCACGUUCACCACUAAUGAUAAGCACUUUUUUCUUUGUUUAUAUUUAUAGGUAGCGACAGAACUAAGCAACAUUCCAGUAGACUUCUAGUUUUAAGAGUUAUCUGGUUUAAUUUGUGAUAUAUAUAUAUUAUUUGUGUUUUGUUCCUCUGAUGUCUGUUGAUCAAUGCAUUAAAAUGAGCAAUAUAUAAUUC